GGCCUCGGGUGUCACAAGCGGCUCCGGCCUCAGCAGCAGCUCCACGUGGGCGGCCCCGUCGCAGUCAGGAUCCGAGCCAACAGCCGCUGGGGACUGCACCGGGGCGGCCGCCGCCGUCGCCGCCUCCUCCCAUGGACCUGUCCGGGUGCCAGCCCUCGCCGCCGCCGCUCGGAUGCUGAUGUGAGGCUGCCCCGGGGGGUGUCCUGAGCUCCCUUGCUGCGCCCCCAGCCCCAGCCCCCCCAGAUGCAUUCGUUGCUAGAUCGCAAGAAGAAAGCAGGUGGCUGCGUGGAUGCUGGGCUGGAGCUGCCGGCUGCAGGUUCCCUUCCCCAGCCUCAGAGGAUGUUCAGCUGCGUGGGCUGCUUCUGGGUCCUCCUAUCCUCCUGCCUAGUGGCCGCCUGCAGCUUCAGCUUCCUCUCCCCUGCCUGGAUCGUGAAGGAGCAUCUCCUCCAAGCCCACGGCGGGGUCAGCUUCGGCUUGCUGUGGCACUGCUCCGAGACGCUGGAGCAGAUGUACAGCUGCUACGCCUUCGGGGGCCUGGGCACGUUCCACGAGAUCCCCUCCAGCGCCUGGCAGACGAGUGCAGUGCUAUGUUCUGGAGGCUGUGCCCUCUUGGCCAUCAGCUGUCUGCUGGCGAUCAUCGCUAUAUUCCUGCCCAGCGGGCUCUGUGAGAGACAAGUGUGCACCCUGGCUGGCUACAUGCAGACAGCAGCAGUAUUCAUCAUGGCAUCUGGACUUCUGGUUUAUCCUUUCGGUCUCAGCUCUGCUACAGUGAAGAAAUUCUGUGAGAAUUCAAGCAUAUAUUAUGCAGGAGACUGCCAGAUUGGAUGGGGGUACAUGUUGGCAAUUGUUGGAGUCAUGUUAUCUUUCUUUUUACCAUUCUUUGCAAAAUAUGCACCAAAAGAGCACAUAUCUCCAACUCCAAUACCUACUAUUUUAUAGUAUUUUAUUAGUAUUUAACAGCAAAACAUUCCUGUUAAUCAAUGGGCAGAAAGUAUUAUAGCACUUCCUUUUAGCUGUAUGGCUAAAAAAAAAAAAAAAAAGGAGAGCGAGAGAGGGAGAUAGAGGGUCAGAAUCACAAAGACCAAAAGUGCACUGAUAGUCUUCCAUAAGCAUGAGAAGCUAACACUCUGGAAUUGAAAUAAGACUAAUUAGCAGCCUUUACGCUGCUCUAAACUUAUAAUGGCUUAAUGCCUUAGUCAAAAAAUCUGUUUAUCUUCAAAACAUCUGUCUACCUCCCAAAUAAUUUAUUUUAUGUCUCAAAACAGUAAAUCUGUUAAAAGCCUCAAUUCUCUUUUAUAUGUUAUUAAAUGUCAGAAGUUUUAUGAACCCAAUAAUUUUAAAUCUGAUAAUGAUAUUUUGUUAUAGUUAUGAGUGGGGGAAAAAAACUGCUAGAAACCAGAGCCUCAAAUGAAGCUUAUCUAUGAAAAAAGAUGUAUGCAACAAAAAGUGCUUUUGUUUGUUUGUUUUUAAUCAGUGCAUGUUAGGAGUGUGCCUGAAUACUGUAGUUUGUAGGCACAUGUUUUAAUACUGGUCUAACAAUUGGGAAGUAUAGCCUCCAUAGUGAUUGCUAUACAUUUUAGCUAACUUUUUGCUAAAGAGAUCUAACCUUUUCAAAAGGCCCAAAACUAAAAUAGCUUAAAAAGGAGAAAAAUAUAUUAAGAGGAAAAGUGCAUUUGUUUUACCGUAGUUCUUAGAUUAUUAUUUUGCAUGGAAUUGUAUACAAUUAUUUAUAGUUUAGGGGUUUUUAUAAGCCUGUAAGGUAAAAACUUCAUUUACACAACAUACAUGUCUGAUGGCAAAGGUACCUGUGCGCAUUUCAUCAUGAUUCAAGGCAGAAAGGGCCAGAGUAUGAUGGCCUUAUUCAUGCUGACUAGAAUCUUGCUCCAUGUGAAUGUGAUUUCUUGUGGAGUAAAAUACUACUCAGUGUGAGUAUGUGGCAGACUCUGACUCAAUAUCAUCCAAUGUAAUGUUGACUAGAAAAAUGUAACAUCUGAUGGGUAUUUUUUGUGUGAAAUUUAUGAAGUCUAGUUCCAGGAAUGGCAUUUUUGGUUUCAUUACCACCAAGGAUUCAAACAAAUGCACCACAUGCCUUAAAAAAAAAGAAUGAUUGGGUUCUAAUAUUACUCCAUUGCCAUAUUUCUCCUUUAAAAUUACAGUAAAAUUCCUAUCCAGUACCUAGGUCAUGAGGAUGUUAUUUAUUUUUAAUAUUUACUAGUAAGGAACUGAACCUCUUCGAUUAUAUUUUAAUACUGAACCUUACUUUUCUGCUUUUUAUUUUGUCCUGUGAACCAACUGAUCAAAUCUAUCAUCUUUGUUAGUAGUAUGCAGUGUUGUUGUAGCCAUUUGGUCCCAGGAUAUUAGAGACAAGGUGGGUGAGGUAAUACCUUUUAUUAACUCACCUUCUGUUGGUAAGAAAGACAAGCUUUCAAGAUUACACAGAGCUUUGAAAGAAGAGCUGAAGAAGAGCUCUAUGUAAGCUCAAAAGCUUGUCUCUCUCACUGACAAAAACUGGUCCAAAAAAAGAUAUUACCUCACACACCUUGUCUCUCUAUCUUUUUUGGUUAUUUACAGAAGCCUGAGUAAUGGUUAUUCUUGACUUUCUUCUUUUCUGAAAAAUGUGUGUGAAGGGACAGAUAGAGAAAUGUUGAGGAAA